AUGUUUCGUUUUCAUAAAACCCUCGAUGUUAUCACCCUCUUCCACAAGGCAAGCUCACCAGCUUCUCUUCGAGUUCACACACUCUUGAAGCAAGUCUCUGCCAAUGCAUCCGAGCAUGCCACAGAAGAUCAGGCUAGCGAUCACUCACACCAAACCAAACCUAACCGACCACAAUUCGAGCUCGACGUGACUGAAGAGCCUCCCACCCAAGAUCAAUUGAAGAGCAUCCUCGAAUACGUUGGUGCACGAAAUGCUGGCACGAUCAUCAAGGGAGCAAGGGAUGAAGCGGAUGCUAUGAAGAAGUUGAAGGAAAGCUCAGAGAACUUCCAGAGACCAGUAACUGUUGAUUGGAGCAAUGGAAAGGCCGUAGCUGGAGCCAACGAGUCUGAGAUUCUGAAGAUGAUUGAAUCCCUUCCGAAGCAUUAA